AGGGGGAGGGACGGAGAGGCUGACACAGAGAUCAACGCAGACUUCAGACUUCGGGACCGCGCUGGGGCCAGAUGCUGCUGAGCAGAAGGAGGAGAAGCCAGGGGCUGCAGGGCUUGGGGCUUCGGAGUCCUGGAAUGCUGAGCAAGAGCAGAUAGGGGCUGGAGAGAGGGAGCUGGGAUCGGGACAGCUAAGGCAGCUAAGGGCAGGGCGACAGAGGAAAGAGCUAGGGACGCUGAGAGAGGACAGGAGGAGACCUGGGGAAGGAAAGAGACUGCACAGACACCAGAGGAGUCCAGAGGAGCACAGACAGAGACACACACUUGGAGAACUGGGCCAGGGGGCGACAGACCCCAGCUGUCAUAAGGACAGUGGCCUGCAGCCGGCAUCCCAGUGGUCCCACCCUUGGGAGCUCUCCAGCGCAGGCUGCACGCUGCCUUAGGUGAUGGCCGAUUCCUGCCGCAACCUCACCUACGUGCGGGACUCGGUGGGACCGGCCACCAGCACCCUGAUGUUUGUGGCAGGUGUGGUGGGCAAUGGGCUGGCGCUGGGCAUUCUGGGCGCGCGGCGGCAGUCCCGCCCAUCAGCCUUUGCCGUGCUGGUCACCGGGCUGGCGGUGACGGACCUGCUGGGCACCUGCUUCCUGAGCCCGGCCGUGUUCGUGGCCUAUGCUCGCAACAGCUCGCUGCUGGGCCUGGCCCGAGGGGGCCCCGCUCUGUGUGACGCCUUCGCCUUCGCCAUGACCUUCUUUGGUCUAGCUUCCAUGCUCAUCCUCUUCGCCAUGGCGGUGGAGCGCUGCCUGGCACUCAGCCACCCCUACCUGUAUGCCCAGCUGGAUGGGCCACGCUGUGCCCGCCUGGCGCUGCCCACCAUCUACGCCUUCUGCAUGCUGUUCUGCGCACUGCCUCUGCUCGGCCUGGGCCAGCACCAGCAGUACUGCCCGGGCAGCUGGUGCUUCAUCCGCCUGCGGUCUGCCGAGCCCAGGGGCUGUGCCUUUUCCCUGGCCUAUGCCAGCCUUGUGGCUUUGCUGGUGAGUGCUAUUGUCCUGUGCAAUGGCUCCGUCACUCUCAGCCUCUGCCGAAUGUACCGCCAGCAGAGGCGCCACCAGGGCUUGCUGGUCCUUAGCUCCCGGACACACGAGGACGAGGUGGACCACCUGAUCCUGCUGGCCCUCAUGACAGUCAUAAUGACCGUGUGCUCUCUGCCACUCACGAUUCGCGGCUUCACCCAGGCCAUCGCCCCGGACAGCAGCGAGAUGGGAGACCUCCUUGCUUUCCGCUUCAAUGCCUUCAACCCCAUCCUGGACCCCUGGGUCUUCAUCCUUUUCCGAAAGGCUGUUUUCCAGCGACUCAGGCUCUGGUUCUGCUGUCUGUGUCCUCGGCCUUCUCGAGGUGACUCAGAGACUCUCCAGUCCCGGCCAGCCUCAGGGAGAAGGGACCCCAGAAUCCCUGCUGGUCUGGAGGACAAAGAAGGGACCUGGGUGCCCCUGUCCGCCUGGAGUAAGGCACAGGUCUCGCGGCCCGGUGGCGGCAGCACCGUGGGAACAGCGACACUGUCCAAAGCUGAGGCUGCGGUUGCCUGCUCUCUCUGCUGACAAGGACAUCGGCCCCUGACCUCCUGCCCUGUCUUCCUGGUGGAGGAGCCGGGAAACAAGGGACACGGCCGAUGCUAUGGAAGCCAGCACAUUGGCCUCUGAACUGUGGGGGUGACCAGCUGCCAUUGCCCUCCAUUGGGGUGGCCGUGUAGUUUGUGGGAGGAGAGAAAGUUACCCUGGAGCAUGAAAGAACAGUUGUCUCAAAAUAGCCCACAGCCUGACCUGCUGGCCCUGGCCUUGGGCUCCCCAUCCAUCUCACUGUCCAAAUAUUUAGAAGGUGGCAAAGUUCCCAGUGACUUCAGGGUACUCAAAUCUGCAGAGGUUAGGGUUCCUGCUCCCCUUCUUAUCCAUCAGGGGCGUCCCAGCUACCCUCCCCAGCUCCCACGGAAAGGCCCUGCCUUCUCCCAAGCCAGGGAUUCCCAGAAAGCUCCCCACUUCCUGUUCUCCAUCAUUCUUGGGUGUUUUGUGUCCCAAGGGAACUCAGGAGGAAGGAGAGGCUGUUGCGUCGUAGGUGACACUGGUGGACGUAUGCCUGGUACCCAAGAAACGUCAUAGUGUAAUGGGUCAUGCGUUGUGACCUGCCAGUGACAGCAGCUGGGAGGACAGCAACUCAACGGGUGGAGGUGGGGGAAUCCCGGAAUCAGCCAGGAAUACAGACCCCAGGCCUGUGCUGUCCUCUGGGCCGGGACAAAGUAUUGCCUCCUUACAGAGCCUGACUUCACCUCACUGUCCUCAGAGUCCUUGCAAAGAUCUUUCUUUCUUUCUUUCUUUCUUUCUUUCUUUCUUUCUUUCUUUCUUUCUUUCUUUUUCUUUCUUUCUUUCUUUCUUCUCUCUCUCUCUCUCUCUCUCUCUCUCUCUCUCUCUCUCUCUCUCUCUCUUUCUGUCUCUCUGUCUCUCUCUUUCUUUCUUUUUUUCUUGCAACCAAUACACAGCAGGUGCCAACUCCACCUGGUGUCAGGGACACAGAAAAGUCUCCAGAGCCUGCUGGGGUGAUUUCCAGCCAGCCCCUCCUUCUCAGGUGUGGGCAUCCAGGGAGCUUGGGAACAGAAGUAAGUUGGUAUGGAGACCUGGGGGAGGGUUUUCCCACUCCCACCCCACACUGCCUGCCUCAGUUCCCCUUCCUCACUCGCCCCUGGCCCAAAACAAUAAAGCUGCACUUGGGGAAGGGUAGUGAAGUAUACCUGAGAGCUCAUCAGCAAGUUGGUGGCAAGCGAGCAGUCCUGCAUGCAAGGCACACCCUCCAGCCACCGCGCAGCCUGUGAUGAGAGCCGCUAGGAGUACACUGGUGUCAAGGCCCAGAGAGGGCAAUCACUGCCCCGGGUCACACAGCAGGGCGGAAGUGGAGCCAACUGCUGGCCAUGGAGCUGGAUGGUCUAGUCCACUGCGGGGCCCAGCUUGCUGGCUGCAACUCCUAACCCCUUUGUGCCUUGCUCCCUUUCUGACUAUAAUCAGGUGCUUAGCUUUCAAGCUGUGAGGAUGAGAGAGAGCUUGCCUCUGAAGAUCCCUCUGAAGUGCAGGGCUUACAAGAGGGGCUGCACUGGACAUUACUAUUACUGCCAUUAUUGUUUCCGUUAUUAUCUGAGCAAACAUGACCUGAAAACCAAAUGAAGCAA